UCACGUGACGGUUAUGGCCGCACUCUCGCUGGUGGCGGCCUGGUGGGCUAGAGCGGCCGCGGGCUGGUCAGUUCAGCUUCCUGCGGCUCCAGGGAGCAGUGUCAGGGCCAGGGAGACGAUGGUCUCCGUGACUAUGGCCACUUCCGAGUGGAUCCAGUUCUUUAAGGAAGCCGGCAUUCCUCCAGGACCUGCUGUCAAUUAUGCCGUGAUGUUUGUAGAUAAUAGGAUUCAGAAGAGCAUGCUGCUGGAUCUCAAUAAGGAGAUCAUGAAUGAGCUGGGCGUGACCGUGGUGGGCGACAUCAUCGCCAUUCUCAAGCAUGCCAAAGUGGUGCACCGUCAGGACAUGUGCAAAGCUGCCACUGAGUCAGUGCCCUGCAGCCCCAGUCCCCUUGCAGGCGAGAUUCGCCGUGGCACUAGUGCUGCUUCCCGAAUGAUUACCAACAGCCUGAACCAUGACUCCCCACCCAGCACACCCCCCAGGCGCCCAGACACCAGCACCUCCAAGAUCUCGGUCACCGUGUCCAACAAGAUGGCAGCAAAGAGUGCCAAGGCCACUGCAGCCCUGGCCUGCCAGGAGGAGGAGAGCCUGGCUGUUCCUGCCAAGCGGCGCCGGGUCACUGCUGAGAUGGAGGGGAAGUACGUCAUCAACAUGCCCAAAGGCACCACACCCCGCACCCGUAAGAUCCUGGAGCAGCAGCAGGCUGCAAAAGGUCUCCACAGGACGUCUGUGUUUGACCGCCUCGGCGCCGAGACCAAGGCAGACACCACAACCGGGAGUAAACCCACAGGAGUCUUCAGCCGCCUGGGGGCCACCCCAGAAACGGACGAGGAUCUGGCUUGGGACAGCGACAAUGACAGCAGCAGCUCUGUCUUGCAGUAUGCCGGGGUCCUGAAGAAGCUAGGACGGGGCCCAGCCAAGGCCAGUCCCCAGCCAGCACUGACUGUCAAAGCCAAGGCCACGAGCUCAGCGACAACGGCCGCUGCCCCGACACUGCGGCGCCUGGCGCUUUCCUCACGGUCCGGGCUUGAGAGGAAGCCGGAGUCCUUGUCUAAAGUCAGCAUCAUCAAGAGACUGGGCGCAGCUACCCUUGUGCCCGAGGCCCAGGACAGCCAGGUCACCAGCACCAAGAGUAAGUCCUCAGCUGAAGUCAAGGUCACCAUUAAGAGGACUCUGGUGGGGCCCCGGGGGAGCAGCUCCAGCGAGGGCCUUGGUGCCCAGAUGGACCACGCAGGCACUGUGAGCGUGUUCAAAAGACUGGGCCGCAGGACCUUCUAGCCCACGUGUGGGCGGGGUGCAGGCAGCAGAGCCCGUGGGCAUCUGCCCUGGCCGCCCCAGGCUCCUGGCUUCAUCACGCCUCCCACCAGCUCCUGGAUGACACAGCUUGUCUCCCUCGGGCUCUAGAGCUAGGCCUGAGCAGUCGGGGGAUCACCCCAUUUCUCCUAGCCUGGGAUGGUCGUCGCAGCUGGCCUGGCCCGCUCCAGGACUCCCCUUCUCUCAUGUCCUCUUUGCUUUCUUCUCUGGCUGUGGCCUUGGCAGAACCUACUUUUCUACCUCUCCCAAGUGCCAGGGGGCCUCUUCCUCUCCUGUAUUCCCCUUCCUCCCCCGAGCACGGUCUGCUGCCUCAGACCCCAGCUUAUCAGCCCUCCCUGUCCCCCUCAACUGAGUGGGUGUCACCUGGAGGGCCUCCCUUCCCCUACUCCCCACUGACCUCCCUCACUCCUCUGCGCCUCUGCUGUGACUUCUCUCUCUCCCUGUCUUCACUCUGUUCAUUUCUCUUCUGUUUUCUGUCCCCGUGGCAAGGCCCGACUGUCCGCUGCGUCCUGCCCGACCCUCCUGUACCUCCGGCCUCCCAGCGGCCCCCUCGUCGGCGGUGGCGUCGAGCCUGUUGAGACUGUUAGCCACCCUCCACUCCCAGGCUGGAGGGACCUCUCCAGACCCUGGGCUGCGGCCGAGGCGCAUCCGUUUUCCUGCCCUGGGCGUCUUUGUCUCUGAAAGUCUAUGGCGGGUGGUGGGCAAGGGGCACUGAGAAGGGAGGCCAGUGCCUAGAGUGAAGACAGCUGCUGUUUUAAUAUAUUUUUGUGACUUUCAAAUCAUUUCCCCCCCUCCUUCAGGGUGAGUUGCAGGACUGUUUCACACUAUGCGCAGUGUGGGCUGGGGGUGCUGGCAAAGGGUUGGGCUGUGUCUCUAAAGGUCAGGCUUACUGCACACACGUGGCCCAUAUCCCUGCUGCAAGCCCUGAGUGGAGGGGAGUAAUGGCCACGGUCACCAUUCAGUUAGGCCGCCCCCACCCCCAAUAAGCCGUAGUGGUUCUUUGUUCACUCUGUCCCCUUCCCCCAUGAAUUUCACCUGCCUCUGCCACUCUGCCUGUUGGCAUCUUUCCAAAUGAUGGGCUCCGUUUGUGAGACCACAAAUUUCCACUGGUUUGGUCGCUCACCCCUCCCUGCUGCACAGCGCCCCUGAGCCAGGCCUGUCCUAGGAGCUGGUAGCAGGCAGUGAGCAGGGCCUCUCCAGGGAUGGGGUGUAGGUAAAGCGGUGGUGCUGGCCAAGGAAUCCGAGGAGUGGGAGAAAGUGGCCAGGGCCACUUCAGGGGUUGGGGACAGGAAGGCCUUUCAGAAGAGGUGACAUGGAGGCUGAGCUGGGAAUGUGACUUCGUGAAGUUCAGGAGGAGAGCUUUCAGGCAGACGGACAGCCAGGGGCAGAGGUGCUGAGGUGGGAAAACAAACAGGAAGAAGGCUGAUGGCUGUGAGUGAGGGCGGGUCCUGCGUCCAGCACGAGGCAGAGAUGGGUGGGCAGGAGCUAGGUGGCUGGGGACGUCGUGACCAAGGAGGAGGAAUGUGCACAGUGACCCAGGAGUGCUGGAUUGGGAGGAUUUGGAGCUGGGGUGUGCUGAGCUGAGUUUCAUUUAGGAUCAUUGCUCUGGCUUCUGUGAGGAGAAGGAACGGCUGGGAGGGCUGGGGCGGUUGCCUCUGCAGCGGUCCAGGCAGGAAGCCAGGGCGGCUGCGCGAGGGCGUGGUGGUGGGAGCAGGGAGGAGGGCUGCUUGGGCUGCUUAGGGUGUGCUUUGGAGGAAGAGCUGUGGGAUAUGCUGAUGUGUUGGAAGUUGGGGCCAGAGAAGAUGAGAAUCACAGGGCCCGCCUAGAUAUUAGACCCGAGCAUCUGGGGGAACAGCUGUUAACAGAGAAGGGGAGACAGGAGGAAGGAGCAGGUCAAGGAGGAGGCAGCUGUGUUCUGACCACAUUGUGCCUUUUAGGGUCCACACUGGGGCUCGGGGGGACACCUGGACUGGGGGUUCAUGGCUGCUGACAGUGUGCAGGGUACAGCUGGAAUCAAAGCCAAGGGUCUUGGUUGGGCGUAGUGGCUCAUGCUUGUCAUCCCAGGACUUUGGGAGGCCGAGGCAGGUGGAUCACGAGGUCAGGAGUUCGAGACCAGCCUGGCCAAGAUGGUGAAACCCCGUCUCUACUAAAAAUACAAAAAUUAACCGGGUGUGGUGGCAGAUUCCUGUAAUCCCAGCUACUCAGAAGGCUGAGGCAGGAGAAUCGCGUGAACCCGGGAGGCAGAGGUUGCAAUGAUUUGAGAUCGUGCCGCUGCACUCCAGCCUAGGCAACAAGAACGAGACUCCAUCU